CAGGCGGUGGCGCAUGGCCAGGAGCACCAAUUGGACGGUUCAAGUUGGGAGGAGAAAAUCUCAAGACGAAGGCUUCCAGACCAAAGUGACGGGGAUGAGCGUGUUGACCACAUAACCCACAGAGAUAAAGAUGGGACAAUUGUGGUCUCCCCACCAUGCGAAUCAGUUCGCUUGGUGCCGUCCGUCGGUAUAUCUCCGUUUCUUUUCAAGCUCUUACUACUGUGUACAGGACCCGCCCACAAGACCGACGGCUCUUUAUGAGUGGUCGGCACGGCACCUCUUCCGAUCAGUCGAGUUCGUGAGUCUUGUUGGAAAUCCUCCAGACCUCUUCUUGAGGGGCGAGGACCGUGAUGCUCAGGUUUGACCGUUUUUGUUUUCCUUACGCCUAUAUUCGCUUUUCUCUCAUCCCUUUGAUUUUUUUUUCAGUGUCUAUAUGAUCGAUCUACGUACGGGGCGAUUCCGCUGGAGAGUGAUCCCCACCGUGAAGUCUCUGGGCUGUCGUUCCCAUCCAACCGCCGUGUUGAGCGGGUCGAAUUGAAGUCUUUCCAGAAUGUCGGAUCCCGAGAAGCCAAAGCCUACACCACCGGCGGUGGUGUCGCGAUAUAUCCCUCAAGAACAAAGUAAUUUGGAAAAAGAACCGUAUUCAAGUGUCGAAGAUGAUCGCUCGCCUACUACCACUACAUCGUCGGAAUCCCGAUCAGGAUCCGUCCCCGACAACAACGACGAAGACGACCGAGCACUCACGUUGACUAUAACGCAGGCGUCAAGACAAUCAGCGACACGGACAGUGACGCGAAUAACGACCCAAGGCACGACCUUCACCUCGGAUCCCAGGUAUGAAGUGGACUUUGGGGUCGGGGACCCAGGCGACCCGCGGAAUUUCGGGUUCUGGUACAAAGCGCUAGGCAUCUUCACCAUUUCCUUUGGCACGUUAGGAGUGGUCAUGUAUUCGACGUCGUACACGGCGGCAUUGGCAGCCAUGAAGACCGAGUUCGGGCUUGACUCUGACACGAUUGCCACGCUCGGCGUGACGACGUAUAUGCUCGGUCUGGCCAUGGGAUCGUUAUUGCUCGCCCCGCUGGCCGAGACGUACGGUCGCAAACCGGCGUACACGAUAUGCAUGGCGCUGUUUACGAUUCUGGUGCUUCCCGCAGCAUUGGCAAAGGACAUCGAAACCAUUAUCAUAGUCAGGUUCUUCGGGGCUGUCUUUGGAAGUGCCAUGAUCGCCAAUGCGCCCGGAUCCAUUGCCGACCUGGUAUCGGAUGAACAUCGAGCCACCGCUUUUUCCAUCUGGAGUAUCGGCCCCAUGAACGGUCCUGUCGUGGGUCCCACCAUUGGCGGGUUCGUCACGCAGUAUCUAGGCUGGCGGUGGACGAAUUGGCUCGUCAUGAUCUGGGGCGGCACGGCGUGGGUUUUGCUGUUGUUGUAUAAGGAGACGUAUGCGCCUGUGCUGCUGCAACAACGGGCCAAAAAGCUGCGUCGCGACGAAAACGACGAUAGAUACUGGAGCAGGUAUGAUGUCCGGGUCGGGUUCGUCGAGCUCAUGAAGGUCAAUUUGUCCCGGCCGUUCGUCAUGGCCGUCAAGGAGCCGAUUUGUAUUUUUUGGAACGUUUACAUUUCGUUGAUUUAUGGCAUUCUAUACCUCUGCUUCGUGGCAUAUCCCAUCGUCUUCCGCGAACAACGCGGCUGGUCGACCGGCCUCAGCGGUUUGUCAUUUCUCGGAAUCGGCAUCGGCACCAUGAUCGUCAUCUGCGGCGCAACCCCGAUUCGCAAACUCAUCAAUUCGCACAAUCCGGACCCUGCGACAGGCCAGAUUCCGCCCGAGGCCAUGAUGAGCAUCGUGUGUCUCGGGGCUGUCCUGGUUCCCAUCGGAGAGCUUUGGUUCGCAUGGACGUGUUACCCAAACAGCAUCCACUGGGCGCUCCCGAUCGCCGCGGGCAUCCCGUUCGGGUUUGGGAAUGGUACCGUUUUUAUAUAUGCGGGAAACUAUCUCGCUUACAGCUACGGCAUCUACGCCGCCAGCGCUAUGGCUGGCAAUGCUGUCGUCCGCUCCUUACUGGGAGGCACACUCCCCCUUGCGGGCCCGCCCAUGUAUAGGGCCCUCGGCCCGAAUUGGGCAGGCACCCUCUUGGGUCUCCUUGAGGUUGUUAUCAUUCCUAUUCCGUUUCUGUUUUAUCGCUACGGUGGCCGGAUUCGUGAAAAAUCGACCAUGAUUCGUGAAAUGCGCGAGAACGAAGAGCGUCAGGAGCGGAAACGCAAAAAGGCACAGGAGAGGUUGCGCGUCAACGCUGGCCCCGGUGCGGGCGGCGAUGAUGAUGAACUGGAGGUCCCUGUCGAUGUGUCGCGUGUUCUUAGUCGUGUGACGGGCGUUGAUGAGAAGGUUUGAGACUUGAUCCCGACGGCGGUCUUGUCAAGAAACAUGAACUUGAUUUAGGAUCUAUGGAUGCUCGGCAAUCCCAAUGCUCUCCCUCCGAAAAAAAAAAGGCACACGGCGCUUCCGAUGUGCUCACGAUAUGCCACGAUGCAACGAUGCAAAGAGUUCGUCUGAUGAUGCAUGAAAGAGAAUCGCCGAACCAUUAAUAACCCGCCAUUAUCGAACAGGACAGACACUCACUGACGCCCUACACGGCGACGGCACGAGACUCGUUCUCUCCGCUUUUGACUGGAUCUUCACGCACAUUUCCGGACAAUGGACCGGGGCAGAGAGUGACUUGGGCGGGUAUCUAUGUACCACUGCACCAGCUACGGAUCCGAGCUCAGAUCUGUCAUCAGCACAGUGUGAUCCAGGCAGCAAUAGCAAAAGGGGAUCAGACUUGCAUUGAACAAACGAUCCGUGCCACAUAUGAAGCGGGAUGCAAAAGUCAGAACGCAGGCCACCUCGGCGGGGCCCUAAACACCGAUUCUGGUCCCCAUCAGAGAGACUCCACUCCCCUGACAACCAGACCAGGGAAAAAUUCACCCAAGGCAGACCCUAGUUGGGCAUCUACAUCUUUUCCUUCAACUCGUCGUGCAAGUCCUCAAAACUGAGCGCAAAGACAGCCCGGACGAGGAUGGACAACGAACCAGACUGCAUAUAAUGGCAAAAGCGGUCCUAUGAUUUAUUAGCACUACUAUUACUAUUUCCAGCUACAGUGCGCAGUUAUUGCGAAGGUAUGGUUUUGGUGACCGUCUUCGUCUUCACCAUCAUCAUCAGCAGCAGCAGCAGCAGCAACAGCACAAGCACAAACACCGACACAAACACUGGCAAACACUACACCAGCAUAUUCGUGCAUUUCAUUCAGCAUUCGGGAUCGGAUCUACAGUCCUCUAGAUACGUAGCGAGGCGUUCAGGACAUUUGUUGAAUCUGGUACGGCGCGCAAAUGUUUGGUUUCUCUGUAUCUAUCUAUCCAGGGUUAAUAGAAACAUAGAUAGGUGGAAAAAACAUUUGCUGUGUCUUGAAAUCGAGGUCAAUCGAGGUCAAUCGAGGUCAAAACGUUUGGUUGUCAGUAGUCUUUGGUUAUAGUUUUGGGAUGCAUUAAUUUGGUACUAUUAUGUAUAGUGUCUAAAUAGAUACUCUUAAUCGAGUUUCCGCGUCAUCAUAUUAUUAACAUUAUGUCCGUA